AUAACCCUAAUACAGACUUGGCCGGAAUAUGGCAUCCACACAGCCUGCCCACGACCCCGCCCUCGCACACGCUCAGCCCGCGCCCUCCAAUGUCCAGCAGCCCACCGCGGCUCAGCCUGCCCAGGGCAGCACGCAGCCUAAUAUUCCGGGCAACCUGAUUCCGGGCAUGGCAAACGAGCAUGUCAUGGCCCUGCUCAAGCACAUUCCAGAGAUGUUCAACAGGGGCGACCUCAAGGAUUCAGCUGCGGCAGAAGCACUUUCUAAUCUAUCGCAAACUGCCUUCUUGCAGCAGCACCUUCCUCAAACCGGCCAGUUUCCUAACAUGCACCCGUUGCAACACAACGGCAUGCCCAGCGAACCCGGUCCUUCUUCCCAUCCCCGCGGUCCCCCAAAUCUCGGGCAGCUCUCUGCAGUCGCUACCGCCUUACAGGCAACCGCUCCACAGCCACCGCCUGCAGCUGAGGGUGCGCCACCUUCGGCUUCCCAGGAUGGCGGGCAGCCCCAAGACAGCCCCGAACCCGAAGAUGGAGAUUCUCCAGACACCGAGCGACCUACGUCAACCGGCAAGUCUGGUGGGCGGCGAAACGGCCGCAGCUCGACGAUGACCAACGACGAGUGGGCGCGAGUCCGAAAGGACAACCAUAAAGAGGUCGAGCGCCGACGGCGCGGGAACAUCAACGAGGGCAUCAACGAGCUCGGGCGCAUCGUGCCUAACGGCUCCGGCGAGAAGGCGAAGGGUGCGAUCCUCAGUCGCGCGGUGCAGUACAUCCACCACCUCAAGGAGAACGAAGCCCGGAACAUCGAGAAGUGGACGCUUGAGAAGCUGCUCAUGGACCAGGCGAUGGGCGACCUCCAGGCGCAGCUGGAGGAGAUGCGCCGCAUGUGGGAAGAGGAGCGCGUCGCCCGCCAGCGCGCCGAGGCCGAGCUCGAGCUCCUCCGUGGACACGCGCCUAGCACGGGUGCGGCCGCUCCCAGUGCGCCUGCUUCGGGGGUGUCCGCUCCUGGGGCGGGUGCGAAGGGGAACGGCAAGCGCGAACGGGAGGAAGGCGAACCUGCAGCCGGCUCAGCUGGAGAGACGGCUGAGGGCGACGACAGGUCGAAGCGGCCGCGGGUCGAGUAGGCCACCUGGGGGUGUUUUUGCGCCCCAUCGCUAUUUAUCCAUCUCUCUCGUCAGUCUUGUUUUCCCUGUGGCCCCGGCCGCGUUAAUCCCCGUCAUCCGUACGAGCUGGGGGAGUCGUGUUAUGUGUAGUAUACCUAUGUUGUGCUUUCCUGGACAGGGCUCCGUGCUUUGUACGAAUAUAUGUAUUGGUACCUAUCUCGUUACCUCGGUCGCAAGUCUUUAUUAUCACCGGAAC